CAACGAGGAAGUAACUUCUACCGGAGCAAGUUGUAGAGAUGUGCUGGCGCAGCGCAGAGUGUUGAUCCUGCGGGAUGGUUAUGUGUACCGCGGUGCGAGCAGGCAUACGGUGAUAGCGCUGCGGAUCUAUACUGUUUGCUGUGAUGGCUCGUGCACUCUAAGUUGUGGGCUCCCAGUGUGAGCUCUGGGAAAGCAACAUGAACAUUGACGUGGAGUUUCAUAUCAGGCACAACUAUCCCUGGGCCAAACUACCGGCCAACGUUAAACAGAGCCUUGGAAACUCCCCAAAAGAAUAUGAGAAACUCGUCACACUAUACAGUAUCCGAAAUCAGUUAAGGUACCGGAUUAAUUUAGUGAAGCAUGUAAAGAAGGAUGAACGGAAGUAUUAUGAGGAACUACUCAAAUACAGCAGGGACCAUCUCAUGUUGUAUCCCUACCACCUGUCUGACAUCAUGGUAAAGGGACUCCGCAUUACACCCUUUUCUUACUACAUAGGAAUCAUGGAGGAUAUUAUGAACAGUGAAAAAAGUUAUGAUUCCCUGCCAAACUUUACUGCUGCUGAUUGCUUGCGUCUUCUUGGCAUAGGAAGGAACCAGUAUAUUGACUUGAUGAACCAGUGCAGAUCAUCAAAGAAAUUCUUCCGAAGGAAAACUGCCCGUGACCUUUUGCCAGUGAAGCCUGUGGAAAUCUCUGUUGAGGCCUGGUGGGUGGUACAGGCUGGUUUUAUCACUGAAGAUGAUAUAAAGAUGUGCAGCACAGCAGAGAAAAGAGCCAUCGAUAAAAUCAUCGACUCCGGCCCUCAGCUUGCUGGGUCUCUGGAAUACAACGUUGUUCACAGCCUUUAUAAUAAAGGCUUUAUUUAUCUAGAUGUACCGAUCUCUGAUGACAGUUGCAUAGCAGUGCCUCCACUUGAAGGUUUUGUAAUGAACAGAUUACAGGGCGAUUACUUUGAAACUCUUCUGUACAAAAUUUUUGUUUCAAUUGAUGAACACACGAAUGUGGCUGAGCUUGCAAAUGUUCUGGAGAUAGAUUUGUCACUAGUAAAGAAUGCGGUUUCUAUGUAUUGCCGUUUGGGAUUUGCGGUUAAAAAAGGACAGGUCAUAAAUCCAGAUCAGCUUCACACAUCUUGGAGGAAUGUACCAUCUGUAAAUAGACUAAAAACUACAAUGGAUCCUCAGAAAAUGCUUCUUUCAUGGGAGAGCACCGAAAGCAAGAGCCCGGUUCAAGACCUUUUGUCUUCAGCAACGGACACCGAUACAAACAGCCAGGAAGAUCAAGCGGAUACAUCCAGUGUCAGCAGUCUAAAUCUAACAAGUGGGCACUCAAAGCGGAUUGCAUUCCUGUUUGAUUCAACUCUCACUGCCUUCCUAAUGAUGGGAAACCUUUCACCAAACUUGAAGAGCCAUGCGGUUACCAUGUUUGAAGUUGGUAAAUUGUCUGAUGAAACUCUGGACAGCUUUCUUGUAGAGCUUGAAAAGGUUCAAAGCACUGGUGAAGGGGAAGCUCAGAGAUACUUUGAUCAUGCACUUACUCUAAGAAACACAAUCCUCUUUCUCCGGCACAAUAGAGAUCUUCUUGUACAACCUGAACAAGCAAAUGCAGGUUUACCUCUGGACCUCUUGCGAUGUGAAAGUCUCCUAGGUUUGGACCCAGCUACAUGCAGUAGAGUUUUAAAUAAAAAUUACUCUCUACUGGUUUCCAUGGCACCUCUCACCAAUGAGAUUCGGCCAAUUAGCAGCUGCACUCCACAGCACAUCGGACCAGCUAUUCCAGAAGUUAGCUCCAUAUGGUUUAAGCUGUAUACUUAUCAUGUUUGUGGUCAUGGACCUCCAUCCUUGUUACUGUCAAAGGGAACCAGACUUCGCAAAUUGCCAGAUAUUUUCCAGGUAUAUGACAGGUUAUUAAUCACAUCAUGGGGACAUGAUCCAGGUGUGGUUCCUACCUCUAAUGUUUUGGCAAUGUUGAACGAUGCCUUGACACACUCUUCUGUUCUAAUUCAGGGGCAUGGUGUUCACGGCAUGGGGGAAACUGUACAUGUUCCAUUCCCUUUUGAUGAAGCAGAACUGCAAGGAGAUUUUUCCAGCGUCAAUAUGAGUGUUCAUAAAGCCAUAAAAAUCUUGAGAGAUAAAAUUGAUUUAGCACAUUUAUGUGGUUAUAUUACCAUGCUUAACCCUUCAAGUCCACGUGCAAGUCAGAGAAGACUGAGUGAUGCAUCUGAUGGAAAAGAUGAUCUUGGUCUAGCAUGUCAAACUGAGGUGACUGGCAGUACUGAAUCCUUUGAGCUGGUCGUGGAAGAUACAGUUGUAGAUUCGGGAAUAAAUGCAACUGAAGUGUCUACUAAUGAGAAAGACUGGGUACCUCUGGAGCUAUGCUAUGGAAUACCUCUGUUUAGUUCAGAAUUAAACCAGACCAUAUGUAGGAAAAUCGCUACCCAUGGACUUUGUGGAAAAGAAAGCCUUCAAAACCUAAUCCAUUCCAGUCGGAAACUUUCUCUGCAAGUUCUCAAUUUUGUGCAAACAUUCCAGGAAGGCAACUCCAUAGUUGAUCAUCUCUCCGAAUCUAGUGCACCAACUAUGCUGUCUCAGCCUUCUUCAUCUGAUGUUGGAGUUCCACUUCCAUCAAAGAACUUAAUCUUUAAGGAUGGCAUUCUUUCUGAAUGGACUGGUCGUGCUCCCACAUCUGCAAACCAUUUGUACAUACCAAGUGGAGAUUCCUAAACAUGACCGAUUAUUAGAUGGCUAGUUCCAUACAUGCUAUAUAUUAGUGUUUGUAUUUAUUGCUGCAUUGUAGGGUGCGUUUUCCCAGCGUGAUUCUAGAAUUUAAUGCUGGCCACUCUGUCCAGAUGUUCUGCAUUUCUUUUACAUUCCUUAAAUGUGUUUCGUAGUUGUUGGAAGAUGUUUAAAAAAGAAUGAACAAAAGACAUAUGCAAUCAAACCACAUAUUUUACAGAACGUAAAGUUCUAAGGCAGGAAACAAUUGGCAUAUGUCUUUUUUUUCCAUGUAUUAUUUCAUGGACCAAGUUUUUAUUCUUAAAAAAACUGAUAUUCGCUUGCUUUUGUGAGCUCACUUUGAAACUUAAUGAUACAUGGUAUAUGUUAUUACUAAAAAAAAAUUGUUCGAACUUGCACAAUAUUUGCUUGGAACCACUAAAAUGUAUUAUAUGGAAUAAUAAAUACAUAUGUGAAAUUUUGUUUUGUAGUGAAAUUGCACUUGUCUGCAAAUUGAAAUAUAUUUACUAUAGCACUAUAAUUAUGCAGAUUAUCACAAUAGCAGUUGUUCUGUAUGAGCUUCAACCAGUUUGUAUAAAUCCUCUCUAUAGCUUUCUUUCCCAGUAGCUGAAUUACUUAGAAUGUAUGCGCAUCUGCAUUUAAUUGGUAACUCAAUAACAAGGGUAAGAAUGUUCCAAUUUUUUUAUAGGUAAAAAGUUUGAAAAACAAAAUUAGAAAAAUGCUUUUCUAAUUUUUAUCUUGUGCACAUCCUGCAGUUAAACUGCCAUCAAUACAAUUUUAGGGCUGAUGCCGUUUUUAAAUAUAUAAUUUGGUUUACUUUUGUCGAAUUAUCAUAUUUAGAAUUAGGAGCGGUUCUCAAUAUUUCAUGUGUAUUAAGAUAUUUGUUAUACAUGUUCCAAAACAUCUUGAUUUUCUCUUAUGGCUGAGCACAUUUAUGACAUUUCCUUGAAAUUUUGUGUCUGCUUUUUAAUAUAAUAUUUUAUUUAAAAAAAAAAACAAAAAAAACUCAUCUUUCAUAAAUGUGCCAAAUAGUGAUUUAGAGCAACAUCUAAAAAUCUUUGUUUGGAUUGAAGCACUAAUUUAAUAAAUACAUUAAGUAAAA